AUGAUGAAUUGCAAUAAUGGCGACAGAGCCAAGAUUGGCAACGGCAACCACAAUAAUAGGAAACCACGAAAACAACGAAUGCAUCGUAUUGUGCGAUCCUUGGUGAUUCUGUUUGCAUUUACAGCUUGCGUGGGCAAUUAUGUGUGGUUAUCACGGCAGCAUCAUCAUCAUCAAUCCAACAAUAAUGAAGAUGUGAUUGAUAUACCCAACCAUGAUAAUAACAACAACAACAAUAGCAAUCGGACGAUUGGUAUGAAGAACAUGGGAAGGAGGGAGAAAGCUGCCAAGGCGUUGGGAAUCCGGGACCACAAGGCGCUGCUACAGAAUCGAAUACUCAGCCAAGAAGAAAAAAAGGGACAACUGAAAUCAUUACGACAGCAUGGCCCUAAGGGGCAUGUACCAAAGGCUACCUCAUCCAAUGUUGGCAGCAGCUUGAGUCCCCAGCCCAGCAAAUUAGUUUCUCGUAUCCAAGCUACCAAGGAGGGAUCCGUUGCCCCAAAACAACAAGAGAAACCAAACAACAAUCAGCAACAACAACAAUCUCUGUCGCCAGCCGAAACGCAACAUCUUGCAACUACCAUUCAUCAGAAGAAUCAAACCCAACCAAAAGUAGUGUUUCAAGGUGGACCCGUCAAAGUUCCCAAGAAGAAGAAGAAACGCGCGGCUCCCUUGGCCCAGCCGAAAGUGGUCAAGGAUGAAUCCAUCAAAACCAUUCUUAAGUAUGCACCGUCUCGGAUACCGGGAUAUUUUACCAACCACAAUGACACACGGAUUCUCUUUGGACAUGUCAUGAGAGAAUUUACACGACGCAUCAUGCCUACCAGAGACCCAUACAAUCCAACACAGAGUGGCACCAUAUUGGUGAUAUCUCCUGAUGCGACAGAGGUGGUCCAGAUGUUGCAAUCACAACCACAAGGCACUUCUUCUUUAUCCGCGGAACAAGAAGGAGAGCUUCGACGACAGAUUCGGCAUACCGUGGGUGGGUGCACGUUGAUUCAUGCCCACAAGCAAGGACAUGCCUAUCAUGGGUUCAAUCAUACUACCAGCACUGCUCGCUUGAAGGAUUGGUGGCAGCAAAGCAACAAAAAGAAUCUAGCUGGUGGAAAACAUCCACAACCAACGGAGGCGCUCCUGUCAUCACCACCCCACAAUCAUCACUUGCUCUUGGCCAUGAUUGAUCAUGGCUUGCAGACAGACGAGAUUUUGAACAAUCAGUCUGGUACUCACUUUCUCCAACAAUCCAAUCCACGCUAUAUCGUUCUGAGCAUUGGUGCCUAUCGCAAUGGAACAUUCUACGGUCAACAAGCGGUACAAACCUUGCUCAAGCAUCAUUACAAGGUCAUGAUUUUGUCAUUGUCUCAUGUGCCCUUUGAUGCCGAUCGACGCACAUUGGUGGCACCCAAUGCACUCCUCACACCACAAUCCACGCCAGCCGUAUUUGACGUGCUCACUAUGGGGGCCAAAAUGAUGAAGAAACCAAUCUUGGGAUUUGUGUUUGCCACGCAAGGUUUUGAUAUGGCCAUUCCUACUGCCACACUGUAUCAACCACAAAUUGGCAGGGGCAGUACCGGAGUGGAGUAUGCCCAGUGUCCCACGACGGGUUUGAACUUGCAAUUGUACAAUUCUCGCGUCGAACAGACACUCACCAAAGCCAAAAAGACCAAAAACAAGGGACGAACGCCCUUUGGAUUGACUUGCCAAGGACAAAAAAUGGCAGCCCCGUAUUAUGACUACACGGCUCCUCGCAAUCGUGAUUCUGUGGAGAAUAAUAAUGCCACAGUGUGGUUUGAUGGAGAGUACUUGUCGACAUCCGAAGCCGUCUGUGUCAAGGCAAUUUGCAGUGGAGAGGGUGAUACGACGAGUGGAGCCAAUGUACCCAGAACAGCAUGUGCCACUCGGAUCCGGGUUCCACAAUCAAAGCAAAAGUUACCCAGCGACACUGUAGUCAUGGAUGACGACAUGGAAGUAGAAUCGGUCCCAAGACGAUUGAUGGAGAGUCGUCCGCGGGCGCGGCCGCCACCACAACAAGUAAAGGCACCUGACAGCCGUGCUGUCAAACAAGAAACCAAACCCAACCUACUCAUGCUCAUGGUGGAGUCCAUCAGUCGACCCAGGUUUGAGCGGUCCCUGGUCAAGACCAACAAAAUUCUGGAGAAACUCAAUUUUACAGCCUUCUCGCGCUACACUGCUAUUUCCAACAAUAGCAGCGCGGCCAAUCAGGCUGCACUGUUCUCCGGAAAGCAUCAUCAUCACUCCGGUGCCAAGCGAGACUGGCUGUGGGAAACAUUAAGAGCUCGAGGAUAUGCUACCCUCAAGGCCGCGGACACGUGUGCGGCGUCGUCAUCCACUAGUACUGCUGCUGACCAUGGUGCCGCGUUUCGUGAAAUGAUGUGCUUUGAUUUUCUCCGACCCAACUGUCUCGGAGAACGGUCAGCAGCCCAACACUUGAUCGACUAUGGCACGCAGUUUAUGAACGUCUACGACGACUUGCAGCAGCCAUGGGCAGCCAUUUUACAAUUUGUUGAUGCCAAGGAAGACUCACAGACUUUGGAGGGGACUCUGGAUGAGCCUCUUUGGAAAUUUCUCUUUGCAAUGCAUCAUGGACGACACUGUGGCAGCAACACCAAGACGCCACCUGCCAACGCCGCCACGAACAACCCCGAACCCCCAGUCCCGUGUUCUGUUUGGGACAAUACCUUGAUUGUUGUCCUAUCCGAUCAGGGGAUGGACUACGGCACUUACGCCCUGUCCCCGCUAGGUUUGAAAGAGAGAUCCAUGCCGGUGCUGGCAAUGCACUUGCCGAAGAAAAGCAUUUCUCGUACCAGCACCAAUGCACUGGAAGCAAACCGACAGCGAUGGACGACACCCAUGGAUGUGUAUGACACGAUAUUAGAUGUACUAGAGUCGAAGGAAGUAGAAGAAGGCGUGGCUGAAGGCUCUCUUGUGCGGUCACUCUCACAAAAUCGAGUGGACUGCAAGACCACCCCUGGAGUGCCUUCUUAUUUAUGCAACAUUUUGCAGCACAAUACAACUGCGGACGCUCUUAUCAUGCAGGCUCCACCCUCAGUGAUGAGCUUUUACGCAGAUGUGCCCCGGGCCAAUAAAGACCCAAGGCCAUUCUGUGAUGUGAAGCAAUCUAAUGAUACCAUUUUCAACAACGAAUCAGAGUGCAUGUGUGCAACAAACAAUCGAUCUUGGCACGAGUGCACACAACACCCAUGGGCACUGGUGAAAAAUGGGACGUCAGGGGACACUUUUUCCAUGGUGGAUUGCGGAGACACUGGUAGGUUAUUUGAAAUCCAUGUCCACCGGAACCCAGAAGUUGUAGAACGGCCCGAAGUCGUGCAUGCAAAGUCGUCCUCUGGGCCACGCCCCAACAUUCUCUUUGUGGAAAUGGACAGCGUAUCCACUGCGUAUGCUGACCGCCACAUGCGAAGGACAAGGGAGCUCUUGUCAACUAUACGCAUGACGAAAAACAGUACAGUUCCAGGUGGCUUUGCUUGCGGUGGGAGCGAGAAGAUAUGCGCUGUGGAAUUCGAAACAGUGUCAGUUGUUGGAGCGAGUUCAAUCCCAAACCAGGUGGCCGUCAUGGGUGGGUGCCAAGUAGGCGUGGGACCAGAGGUAUGCUCGAGUUUGGAGGCAGACGCCCAUAAUCGCUCCAUCUGUACCGAUCCGACCCAUCAAGCUUAUGGCAUGGAACUUGUGAAUCGACUUCGGACAAGUGCGACGUUUUGUCGCGUGGACGAAGCAAACCGAAGCCCGUGGAUAUUCGAUAUUGCUAAGUCUUCUGGUUAUGCGACGCUCUUUGCUGAAGACUUUUGCUACGAUGGGUCCGUCUACGUGCCUCAAAAUAACGUGUUCACUUUGAACGCAGACAUCCUGCCAGCCAAGUUCUUUUGUCGUGUGUCAGAGCUUCGGGCUGCCAAAAUUGAAGAUGGCCCCGAAAUGGUUAGACCAGCUUGGCAGUACACGUACAAACCUUCGCAGGGCAAUCCAGCCUGUGUUGACGAGAGCGGAGGCUACGAAAGUGGCCUGAUAGCACUACACCACAUAGAAUCCAUGUGGGAUACCUACCAAGAUAUCCCGAAGCUUGCCUACAUCAAUGGUAUUGCUGCACAUGCAUACAGAGAGUUCAGAACUAUGGCGGAUGAUGCUGAAACUUACGACAUUAUGCUAUCAUCAUUCUUAAGGCGAAUGAUGGCCAAAAAGGACAUGUCGAACACGAUCAUUGUUGUCCGCGCGGACCAUGGUCUCCAAGCUGGACCAGCCACCCCGGAUUACAGUAUUCAGGUAGAAGCAUUGCGGCCAUGGACAGAAAUCAUCGUUCCGAAAACUCUUGCGGGUCUUUCACUGAGCAACCUUUACGAGAAUCGACAACAGCUGACCACUGGGUUUGACCUCUACAAUACUCUCACGACGGCAAUCGUCGGGACCGAGAAAGGAUUGGUCAAAGAACCGCCUUCUUGGUCUCACCAUCUCUGGAACGAGGUGAUUCCGGACACACGGACAUGCGCCGACGCUCAAGUAAAAUCUGACUAUUGCCUUUACGAAAGCCAGAGAUCUUUCAGUGCUCCCAAUCUACGCUCGUGCAACAUGGUGGAGGACGACCAACGCUUGGUGUGUCCUUUCUUUUCCGAUGAGUUCAAAGAGGAGAUGAGUUCCUCGGUGUCGAAUUUCUUCUACUCGAGCACAAUACAAGAAAAGGUUUGCCCGGCGGAAGCCAAGGAUGCAACUACAACGACGACUAAAUCAUCAUUUGUGGACGAAUGGAACAUGAUUGACAAAAGAGCAACAACCAAACAGCGGCGGCACCAUUGGAGAACCAAGUGUCGUUUCGUCAGGCGUCCAUUCUCAGUGGACUGGUCUCCGAACUGGCAAGUGGAAUUCACAAGUUGGAAAACCGACCUCUGA